AUGUGCAAAAUAACCGAAUGGAAAAACCUGAGACAUUGCUGGUGUGUGUUAUCGUGAGUGGAAUCGGUGGAGUGGUGGAUGGAUAGUGGGGUAGGUAGAGCAGUGGAGUGGUGGAGUGGUGGAACAGUGGUGGAGCAGUGGAGUGGUGGAGCAAGUGGAGGAUAAUAUCUGCAGUUUCUAUUUCGCAGCCAAAAUAUCAGGUUAACGACUGGAAUAAUCUGGCAAGAAAACAAAUUCUCAGCUAUAAAUUUGAUCAACAAACCAACAUGUCUCUACAAUCCAAAGGCUAAAUUUUCUAACAUAUUCUAAACUUAAUUAUCAAAAUGGCCCCCACGACUACUCAGGAAACUCCAAUUGUAUCUUACAUUUCGGAAGAAUUCACCGAUGAACUUCCAAGAGAAUCACCACCAAAACGUCACAUCAUGGACUUGCUUUCAUUAAAAGGUAAAGUUGCUGUUGUAACUGGUGCUUAUAGAGGAAUCGGAUAUGCCAUUGCAGAAACAUAUGCUGAAGCAGGUGCCACUGUUAUUCUUGUUGAUUAUGUGGACUGUACUAACGAAGCAGUGAAAUUAGGAUUACAACAUAAAGUCAUUGCCAAGGCAUAUCAAUGCGAUGUUCUGAAAUCUUAUGAUGUUGAUGCUACUAUUGAAGCCAUUGAGUUUGACUUUGGUACUAUUGAUAUUUUUGUUGCUAAUGCAGGUAUCAUUUGGAAAACUGGGAAUAUUGUUGCUGAGGUUAACCAAGAUGGUUCCACUUGGCACAAGCUUAUGGAUGUUAAUUUACAUGGUGUUUAUUAUUGUGCUCAAUCAAUCGGUAAAAUCUUUCAAAGAAAAGGCAAGGGUUCAUUUAUUAUCACUGCUUCCAUGUCAGGAACUAUUGCCAAUGUUCCAAUGAAUUUAACCCCUUAUAAUGUUAGUAAAGCUGCCGUCAAACACUUUGCUAAAUCCUUAGCUGUUGAAUGGGCUGGUUUUGCUAGAGUUAAUUCAAUAUCUCCUGGGUAUUGUGAUACUGGGCUUAAUGACCACUUAUCGAGAGAAUAUCGAGGAAAGAUGUGGUCGUUGAUUCCUGCAGGAAGAGAAGCUUUGCCUUAUGAAAUUGCAAGUGCCUACUUAUAUUUGGCCUCAGAUGCUGCCUCUUAUGUCACUGGCUCUGAUUUUAUUAUUGAUGGAGGUUAUACAUGUAUCUGAUGAUGCAAAUUUUUGACAAGCUCUUUUUAUCGGUUUUCUUCUUUUUCUAGUAUUAUUUGAAAUAAAUGUUCACUAUGCCGAAACAAAUAUACUUGCGAGUACUUGC